CUUAAAAACAGCUGGGCUCUUACGUGCGUUCACACAGAGAAACGUGGGACUGCAAAGCAAAGGGGACACGGCAACGGAUUUAGAUGAGGAUUAUCGCUGUUAUAGUGGUUUCACAGCUAUAAAAAAUGCAAGAGGAUUAGUGGCAAACAUCAAGAGGAGCAAAAUAGCAAAACAGAGUGAGAAAGCGAGAUACGGCUCGCCUCAGAGAUGAAAGAGAUGCUCGUGUUCACGAAGAGACAUUCAACCCAAGGAAAUCUCUGAAAUACAUUUAAUGUGCUACAAGAUUUGUAUUCUUUUCUACCGAGGGGUAGUUAAUGAAGGUUCCCCGAAGUCUUUGAGGCGUAAGAGCUCAGAGUACAUUCUGCCACAAGUACUUCUGUCAUCUAGGGGAUGUAACGCCACACUAAAGUUUUCACUUAAUCCUCUCACAGCAUGAAACUGUAGAAUACAUUUUUCUUCACUAACUUGGAAGGAGGGCAACAUGGCAAAGCCCUUCCACAGGCUUCAGCGCUUUUUACGACGGACUCAGCUACUCUUCUUCUUCCUUGGCGUCGCCUACAUUAUGGCUGGAAGUGUUCUUCUUCUGCAGAGACAUGGAUUGGUGGUGUCACAGCGUGGGACAAGCAGUUACUUUCCAUUACCGUCUUUGCCGUCUCCUCCCAGGUCCCUGGAGGCGCCUGCCCUCUGGACAAGAUAUGGAAUAAUGAGUGCACGGCUCAACGGCAAGGGGAUGGGACACCAAAGCGGUUUGUCCGAAGACAAUGCUGGACCACAAUGGCUGACCUCACGAAACCAGGAGAUCCGACAUCUGAGACGCCGCUGGUUCCACAGCCUCAUGUCCGAACAGAAGUCUAGAGUGGAGAAAGUGCUUCCGAAGAGAAAAAUCCGACACAAAGGCACUUAUAUCGGCUGCUUUCUGGAUGAUGCCAAGGACCGGGCACUCAAAGGGAUGGUGUUCUAUGACUUCCGGAAAAUGACCAGCACCUUGUGUCAGGACACCUGCAUGGAAAGCGGAUACCAGUUCGCUGGCCUUGAAUAUGGGACUGAAUGUUACUGUGGCAACCGCAUAACAAGUGCUCGGAUGAAAGAAGAGGAGUGUAACUUGGACUGCAAAGGCGAGAAGGGCUCCAUCUGUGGAGGUGUGUCCCGUCUGUCCGUUUACAAGGUGGAAGAGGUUCUUCCUGGCCAGCGGAGAUACAGGAACGUGCGCUACCGGGGAUGUUUCAAAAAUCCUGACAAGACGACGGCAGCAUCCCUGGCCCAUGCCGUCCAGCCCAACCUCACGUCCCAAUGGUGCAUCGAAACCUGCAUGGAUCAGGAGUUUCCUCUGGCCCUGGUCAGGAAGCCCGACUGUUUCUGUGGCUAUGCCACCCCUCGCUUCACUCUUCACGAGCCAGUGAAGGAGGAACUUUGUGCUGUGAAAAACAGCAGUCUGCCUAACCAGAGUUCCCAUCAUCUAUUCCUCCAGGUCUAUCAGACACCUGUUCAAGAUUCCAGAUGCACAGAGAAGAAGUUUCUACCUGAGAAGUCAAGUUCACUGGUGGCUCUGUCCAGUUUUCCUGGUGCUGGGAACACCUGGGUGAGGCAUCUGAUCGAGCUUGCCACAGGCUACUACACAGGCAGUUACUACUUUGAUGGCACCCUCUACAAUAGAGGCUUCAAGGGUGAGAAAGAUUACUGGAAGAGUGGACGAACCAUCUGUGUGAAGACACACGAGAGCAGCCAGCGGGAUAUAGAGAUGUAUGACUCAGCAAUACUGUUGAUAAGAAACCCCUACCGCUCACUCAUGGCUGAGUUCAACCGCAAGUGCGCCGGGCACCUUGGUUACGCUUCUGAUCAGCACUGGAAGAGCAAAGAGUGGCCAGAAUUUGUGGGUAGUUAUGCCUCCUGGUGGGCUUCUCACGUAUUGGACUGGCUGCGUUAUGGAAAGAGACUUCUGGUGGUGCAUUAUGAGGAGUUGCAGGAGGCAUUGGUGCCCACAUUACGAUCCAUAACUUCCUUCCUCAAUACCAGUGUCAGUGAAGAGAGUCUUCUCUGUGCUGAGUGCAACAAGGAUGGCCAUUUCAAGCGCUCAGGUGCACGACAUCCCACCUUUGACCCCUUCACCCCAGAUAUGAAACGGCUGAUCGAUGGUUACAUCAGUACUGUGGACCGGGCACUCAGAGCCAGCAACCAUUCUGGCUUGCCACAGGAGUAUCGUCCAAGAUGAUAAGCCCAGAACUUGAGCACAGGAGUGGUCAUCUUGCUCAAUUUUCAACGCUACUACCAUGUCCAGGAGAUAUUUUGAUACGUUUAUUUCCUCACAUAUUGAGGUCGAAAGUAUGCCAUAGGAUGCUGUUCUUCUCUGGUGCGCUUUGGGAUCGUCAUGUUUUAACGGCGAUCUGUAAAGGAGAACAAAGUUCAACACUGGUGAAUAAUUAUAAAGAUUACGUUUGACAACGUAGAUUUAAAACUCAAAAACAUCUCUAGUCGGAAGCUAAAUAAGUUCUCCUUCCUCCUUUGAGAGGAAACUUGAGUGCUUAAUUACUUCAACUACAAGUCAACAAGAGGCCUAAUAAACAACAGGUGUAAUUGCAAGUGAACUAAUCUGACUUGUACUGCAGAUGAUAAUGAUAUGUCUACCACAAUAACAACAUGAUCAUUUUAUUACUAUACAGUGACGUUUUUUUUUUUUUUUGUUGUUGUAGGAACCAGUUAGAAUGUAUGUAAUCUAUUAGCAUAACAGAUGACAUUGGUUUAUACACAUAUUGAAGAAAAGGGUGGACCGAACGUUAUCAAUUGAAACGAGUCAUUGGUUGACUAAAUCGGAAUAUUGAGUGCAACGAGUGGUUAUGGCCCUGAUAGAUGAGAAACGUAAUACUCUGUUAUGAAGAAGCAGAAUAACAAACAUGUUUUUCUUCCAAAGCUUCAAGAUCAAGUAAAUAUGACAUGGCAAACAGACUUAGCAUACAUCAAAGUCAAACAAGUAGUGACUGUCCCCAUCCUUCUAGAUUCCUUCAGAAUGGAAAGGAAGCUUUUAGCUGGACUAGACAAGAUUUGCCUUGCGGAAUGACGCUAGCCUGAUGCUAAUCCUCACAGAGCUGAUUAGCAAGCCACCAGCAUGCUUCAGAUGUGUCUGGAUUAAGCGCUGGUGUAAUACUCUUUUGCACAUUGCCAAACUGGGAUCAGCUGCAUAUUCAGACAAUGUCACUGUAGUGCUAGUGGCAGGAAUCCCACCGGGGGUCUGUUUCUGCAUUCAGUGUAGGCUAAAUACAAAGUCUUCACUGUUGGAGUUAGAUCCAUAAUUUAAUAUCAGUGUUACAUAGAGCGGGAGUGUGUAACUUUAAACAAACUCUCAUCUGUCAUUGGUCUGGAAAACCGACAGUAACACCACCAAACUCACGCCAUUGGUUGAGUCUGUGUUGCUAUGCUGUACUGGGUUGCGUUUCUCGAAAGCAUUGUUAGCCAACUAUGGUCGUAAGUUCCGUCGUUACCAAUAGAGUUCAGUGGAAAUUGCGACUAACAUGCGACCAUAGUUGGCUAACGAUGCUUUCGGGAAACGCACCCCUGGUUGGGAUGUUCAAACAAAAAAGGUCAGUUAUACAGUCCCACAGCCAUACUGUAUACACUUUUGGGGUAAAUCAACUAAUCUUGGAUUAAAAUUCUCUCUUUUAUUCCCCCUCAUGUUGAUCCCAAACCAAUGUUAUUUUAGUAUUAUUUAUGUACUAUUCUAGUAUUUAUUAACAUUUCGAAUUUGCUUUUAAUUUAUUUUUGUAUUUUAGCAAUUUCCGUCAAUUUCAGUUAAUUUCCAAUGCCACAUGUCUAAUUUUGUUUUGUUUUUAAUCUAAUAUUUAAAUUUUAUUUCAUUUAAGCUUUUAUUUCAAUUAAUGAAAACCAUUUUGGAAUGAAAGAUUUUGUAUAUUUAUAUUUAAUGGUUUUAGUUAACAUUAACAACACUGCUUCAAACUGCCAUGACUUUCUUUCUUAUCCAGAACACAAAAGAUAUUUUAAGGAAUUUUGUAACAGUUGUAACAUACAACGUAAGUCAUUGGGGUA